CCCCCUCGCGUUCCCCCCUCCCUCCCCCUCGUCGUCUUCUCCCCCCAAAUCCCCCUCAAACCCUACCGCCGAUCCGGCUCCGCCGCCGCGCAGAUCGCCAUGGCCGCCCCCAACAACAACGACGCCGCCGCCGGCGCCAGCGCCAGCGCCACCACCAGCGAGCCCGCGCCGGAGGAUACCUCGAUCGAGGCGCUGGCGCGGCGCGUGCAGGAGCACAUGACCCUGGCCUCCAACCCCACCGCCCGCCGCCACAAGUUCUGGGAGACGCAGCCGGUGGGCCAGUUCCGCGACGCCGCCGAUUCCUCCCUCCCCGACGGCGCCAUCGAGCCGCCCACCCCGCUCUCCGAGGUCCGUGCCGACCCUUACCCGCUCCCCGCCGCCUUCGAGUGGUACACCUGCGACCUCGACGACGACGCCCUCCUCACCGAUCUCUACGCCCUCCUCGCCCACAACUACGUCGAGGACGACGAGAACAUGUUCCGCUUCAACUACUCCCCCGCCUUCCUCCGCUGGGCGCUCCGCCCCCCUUCCUUCUUCCGCGCCUGGCACAUCGGCGUCCGCGCCAGGGAGUCCAAGAAGCUCGUCGCCUUCAUCUCCGGUGUCCCCGCGCGCAUCCGCGCACGCGACGACGUCGUCCGCAUGGCAGAGAUCAACUUCCUUUGCGUCCACAAGAAGCUCCGAUCCAAGCGCCUCGCCCCCGUGCUCAUCCGCGAGGUCACCCGCCGCGUCCACCAGGAGAACAUCUGGCAGGCUGCGUACACUGCGGGGGUUGUCCUCCCAACCCCCAUCACCACCUGCCGGUACUGGCACCGAUCCCUCAACCCCAAGAAGCUUAUUGAUGUUGGGUUCUCCCGUCUCGGACCUCGCAUGACCAUGAGUCGCACGGUUCGGCUCUACAAGCUGCCUGAAGCUCCGCUUACUCCUGGGUUCCGCCAGAUGGAGCUAAGAGAUGUCGCUGCGGUCACACGGCUGCUGAGGGCAUACCUUGCGAAGUUCGUGGUGGCUCCGGACUUUGAUGAGAUGGAUGUGGAGCACUGGCUGCUUCCUCGGGAGGAUGUGGUGGACAGCUACCUCGUGGAGAGCCCUGAAACUCACGAGGUCACGGAUUUCUGCAGCUUUUACACGCUACCCUCAUCAGUGUUGAACAAUGCCAACUAUGCGACACUCAAGGCUGCAUACUCGUACUACAAUGUUUCCACCAAGACUCCGCUGCAGCAGCUGAUGAACGAUGCACUGAUCGUGGCCAAGCAGAAGAACUAUGAUGUGUUCAACGCACUUGAUGUCAUGGAGAAUGAAUCAUUCCUCAAGGAGCUCAAAUUUGGUCCUGGAGAUGGGCAGCUCCACUAUUACCUUUAUAACUAUCGCAUCCGCAAUGGAAUCAAGCCAUCAGAGCUUGGCCUUGUGCUGCUAUAGGCCACUCCCACUUGAGACAGUGUUCGGGUUAUACAUUUCUUUCUUAGCAGGUACUCCUUGUGUGGCUGGUUUAGCAUGUGUCUUUUCUGGUUGCUAUAGGUAAUGAUUUGAUUCCCGUCAUGCUGUUGGUUGCUCAUUUUUCUUAUUAUGGUAGCGGAUCUCCUUCAUAUGAUUGCCAUGCUUGUUUCAUGGAAAUCCGAAAUGAUUCGCAAAUGAGACUCAAAUUAGAAAUUUGGAAUCCUUUCCUUAAUUUUAAGACUUAUUUUUUAUUAGCGACAUUCAGCUUGUAUGGUUAAAAGCAUGUAUGAUGGCACUGGUUUACCAAGAAAUUUUGAUAGAACUUGUGUUAUGCCAAA